ACCGAACUACAGCUGCCGCGUCGCGGCUCAUGACGCGUUGUUGUGGUGCGACGUGUAUAAACAGCGACUUAUCAGAUGUCAGUCCAGCCGUUGACGCUGGGUCAAUACGCACUUUAAUCCGAGUUAAACAAAAAAAAACUUGUCGUGUCAUCUUUAAAACUGUAUUGUUCAUUAUUAUGUAAAGGCAUAAUACGUGUUCACGGUGUUGUGGAUUGUAGCUAGCAAGCUAAAUCGUGAUUCGUGAACAGCGUUAGCUUGGAGGCUUCCGUUGUGCUUUGAUGCUUCGGGUCCCAUGUCCGCCUUCUAUUUCGUUCGCUAACUGGCAUACAAUUAAUGGAAUAACAAGUCUUUCUGGGGCAGGGGAUGGACUUCACAGAGUGCUACGGAGACACCGUUUCCAGUGUUGCUGCAGCAGCCCGUUCAGGCUGCAGGAAGCGGGUGAGGAGGCUGAUAAAGGGCGGCUGCAGUGUGGACUGUCGGGACAACCGCGGCUGGAUUGCCCUGCAUGAGGCGGCAGCCGCUGGCAGUAAAGAGUGUGUGCAGGAGAUUUUGACCGCGGCUGGCGCAGGCUCCUCCCGUGGCUGCCGUGCUUAUGUGAACUCUUUGACACACGAGGGGGAAUCUGCAUGUUACCUGGCAGCACAGCGUGGACACCUGGCAGUGGUCCGACUCCUCCUGAAAGCACAUGCCAACAUAAACCAGCUUACCAAUGACUUGUCCUGUCCUCUGUAUGCAGCUGUAGACGGUGGGCAAAAGGAGAUUGUGGAACUGCUGGUUAGUAAAGGUGCAGAGGUCAAUAGAGCACACACUGCGUCCUGCUGGACAUGCCUUCAUCAAGCUGUUUAUAAGGGUCACAGUGAAAUUGUGCGCAUACUGGUUAAUGUAUGCAACCUGGAGGCAGUAGAUGACCACAGGAUUUCCCCUCUCUUUGUGGCUGCACAGUAUGGACAGCAAGAAUGCCUAGAAAUCCUUGUUAAUGCUGGUGCCAAUGUCAACACCCAGGCAGCUGAUCUGGCCACACCACUGCUGAUUGCCUCUCAAGAGGGCCACCAGGCAUGUGUGGAUUUCUUGUUGGACCAUGGGGCGGAUCCUAACAUAGCCUGUAGUCAUGACUGGCCCCAGCUUCCCAUUCAUGCUGCCGCUGAGUUUGGCCACAUCAGUGUCCUCAGGAGGCUGAUAGCUGUAACGGAUUGUGUGUGCGACCGUGGUGAUGGCAUGGUAAGUCCAUUGUACGUGGCCGUCCACAGCCAUCAGAGCAUGAGUGUCGAGCUGCUUUUAAGGGAAGGUUAUAGCCCAGAUGCCCAAGACUGCACACAUAUUCUGGGCCUCCGUUCACCACUCUCCUACGCCUUGUGUCAAACAUCCAACAAACCAUACAGUGAAUCAGUGAGGUUGCUAGUAGCUGCCGGAGCAAAUUUGACUGAGGAGGACUGGAUUUAUGCCUUGGCCACUGACAAUACAGACCUGCUGCAGCUGAUACUUGAGCACAGAUGGAUCCCUCGACCAGAGGCUCUGAUCAGGGACUGUUCUGUACCACAUCACAAUGGGAAAACUGUGUUAAAGCUACAGGAAAUGAGGGAGCUAGUCUCUGUGGCACAAAACCAAGUACACUUUGCUGCCUGCUGGCUUCCUCUGCUUCUGAAGGCAGGAUUGGAGCCUUCUCUUCUACUUCAGCCCCACAUGUUGGAACAGGCAGACAGUGAGGUGCUGAAUUACCUGCUAGAGUUUGUAAACUGGUCAACUCUGUCUGCCCCUUUAAAAAAUACUCUGCAUCAAAGACGGGUGGAAAAGACCUGGGAACCAUGUCAAGAUUUUGACUCCAUUCCCUGUCUCUCCCACAUCUGCCGACUGCAGGUUAGGGCAGUGUUGGGACCAGAUCUACUGAUGAGGACCAAUGUAGUCCAGCAGCUCCCUGUGCCCUCCCAGCUUCAUGGCUUCCUUCAAUUCAGGGACAUCCCAGAAGCUUCCUACACACACUAACCAUCACCACUUUUAAAUCGGAUACAUGGACACCACAGUGCACACCAACCAUAAACAUGUUCUAUAAGCCCAUUCAGUUUUCUCCUCUAUGUUGCUUUAAGGUUGUUAAAAUAGUCUUAUUUCCCGCAGUUUUACAGUUUCACUCACAGUACUGUGCAAAAGUUUUACGGUUUCACUGUAAAGUGAGAAUGCUUUCAAAAAUAAUACCAUGAAUAUUUUUUAUCUAUCUAUGAACUUCAUACAAAGUGCAGUAAAAGGGGAAAAAACUAAAUCAAUCAAUACUUGGUUUGGCCAUCAUUUGCCUUUAAAACAGCAAUUCUCCAAGGUACACAUAACAGGUUUAUAUUCUAUAUCAGCCUUUUUAAGCCCCUCCUGGAAGCCAUAUGAUGUUUACAUUGAGUGCAAUAUUCAUGGCUACACCAUUCCAUCAAAUGGAUAUAUUUUCAAUGUUUUGUGGAUAAUCACAAGAUCCUAAAAUAUUAGUUCUGUAGGUUUUAACAAAGUUUGACGACACAGGUGAGUUUAAAAAGAGUAACAGACACUUAAAAGAUGAUGUAAUGAUACUUCACCUGUACCUUUUCAAACAUAAUUUCCCUCAUUUGCAUAUUUGCGAUAAGUCCAUUCUGUUUGCAUUCACAUUUUCGCUAUGGCGGUACCAUGUAUGACAAUUUCCUUUUAUUUUUAAUUUUUUUCUUUCAAUAAAUGUGAAUUGUAAGUGCUGUCACCCCCAAAAAAGUGGUGUCUUUUCAGUUUAUAUAUUGUUAUGAUCUGUUUGUGAUGGAAAAUAAA